UACUGCGCAGCUGCUAGGCUACAGCGCGCGAGGCGACACUCCCUCAUUCCGCCGCAAGCUGGACCGACUGAAGGAUUCACCUGAACUUCAGCCUGUGCGGCUGUCACAGUUUUAAAUAGGGGUUCGGUCCAACAUGGCGGCAGACGGAUGGAAAUACUGAUGACAGUCCGAAAGAUCGCCUCGAUUUGUACGAUGGGCGCCAAUGCCUCUGCUUUGGAAAAGGAGAUUGGACCGGAACAGUUCCCUGUUAAUGAACACUACUUUGGGCUGGUAAAUUUUGGCAACACCUGCUACUGUAACUCAGUGCUGCAGGCACUGUACUUUUGCCGGCCCUUCCGGGAGAAAGUGCUGGCCUAUAAGAUCCAGCCGCGACGGAAAGAGAGCCUGCUAACCUGCCUGGCUGACCUCUUCAACAGCAUUGCAACUCAGAAGAAGAAAGUGGGAGUCAUUCCACCAAAGAAGUUCAUCUCCAGGUUGAGGAAAGAAAAUGAGCUGUUUGACAACUACAUGCAGCAAGAUGCUCACGAAUUCCUCAACUAUUUGCUCAACACCAUUGCAGACAUGCUACAGGAGGAAAAGAGCCAGGAGAGACAGCAGAAUGGAAAGGUAGUACAGAAUGGUGGAAGUGGAAGUGGAGGAGGAGGUGGAAGCGGCAGCAGCACAGGCGAAGGGGAAACGGAGGAAAAGACCCAGCAGACAUGGGUGCACGAGAUCUUCCAAGGCACACUGACCAAUGAGACACGGUGCCUGAACUGUGAAGCGGUGAGCAGUAAAGACGAAGACUUCCUAGACCUUUCAGUGGACGUGGAGCAGAAUACCUCCAUCACACACUGUCUUAGGGGCUUCAGCAACACAGAGACCUUAUGUAGUGAAUACAAGUACUACUGUGAGCAAUGCAGAAGUAAACAGGAGGCUCAGAAAAGGAUGCGGGUGAAGAAAUUACCCAUGAUCCUUGCCCUGCACCUAAAGCGCUUUAAGUAUAUGGACCAGCUUCAUCGCUACACCAAGCUCUCUUAUCGUGUAGUCUUCCCUCUGGAGCUGAGGCUCUUUAACACCUCUGGUGAUGCUACCAACCCUGAUCGAUUGUACGACCUGGUGGCUGUAGUGGUGCACUGUGGGAGUGGUCCAAAUCGAGGUCAUUAUAUCACUAUAGUGAAGAGUCAUGGCUUCUGGCUUCUGUUUGAUGAUGACAUUGUAGAGAAAAUAGACGCCCAAGCGAUCGAGGAAUUCUACGGUCUGACAUCGGACAUCUCCAAAAACUCUGAAUCAGGGUAUAUACUCUUCUACCAGUCUAGAGACUGAGCCGGCAAGAGUGACUGACAGAAUGGGAGGGUGUGAUUUGUGAGAGACAGGAUCAGGCAGAUAGGGAGGCUUGGGCUUUGUUGACACAGCUCGGCCUCCUGCUCCAUCCCCUCUCAGUCAAGUCCCUUUUCAUCCAGGCUUAUCAGUGGAGCUUGCACCAGAGCGUCAGUCAGGCCCCAGACAGGAGCAGUUGAUGCCAGAGUGACCUGGACACAACACAGUAAUCACCAGGCAGAAGUAAUCGCCGUCUGGUUCGCCGUCGUCUCACUCGCCUGCUUUGUGUUGCUCAGCACACACAAAAACGCACAUAUACACAUGUGAAAUGAGCUACACAUACGUCUUGAUGGCCUGAGAAUGGACACUGUACAAACUUUUUUUUCCCCCACCAGACACAGUAACAAGGUUCAUUUCGAUAAUCUGGUUCACUUUACAUUCGCUGGGUGGUGUGUCAUGAUUUGUGCUUUGGCACAAUGUCACGAUCAGUCCAGAAAGCCGCAUGGCGGUUCUUCACCCUCAGAUGUUCAUCUGCAGUGUCAAGCGUGACACAUCAUGCUACAUCCACGUUAACCAGCUAGUUAUAAAUGUGUUGUAUGCCGAACCAGUAGCUCAUGUUGCCAUUGUAGUAGAGCUGCUCCACCUGAAUGGAUAAACCUGACCAGGUUUAAAUUGGCUUAAAGGGGAUGAGCAUAUUUUGUGUCGAGAACUUGACAAGUGAUUUCAUGUAGGGCCUGUGGAUUGAUGGGUGCUCUGCUCUUUUAA